GCGCCGGCGCCGCGUGCUCUACAAAGCGGUCGCGCUUCUCUGGGAGCACGACAUUGCGAUCGCCAACAUGGUGCUGGCCACGCCGCUCCGGCCGAUCUCGCACUGGGACCUCUACUGCGAGUCCGUCGCAUCGUCGGUUGCGUACUUUGCGCUCUGGAAGGGCCUUUGCGUAUGGCUCCUAGCGACGACGCCGGUCCUGCUAUUGGCGCUGGACGUGCAGACGCUGCCACCGCUGCGCACGGACCUCCAGCUCUUCCUCGACGACCCGCACCCGCUCGUAUACCGCGCCGGCGUCCUCGCCUACUGCGCGCUCGGCUUGUACGUCUGCGAUCUCCUCGCGAGCGCCAUGGUCGUCGUGACGUCCAAGGUCUAUGGCCGCGUCUUUAAGGCUGCCGAGGCCUUCCAGAAUGACCUUCGCAUGGUCGCGAUCGACGCGCCCGUGCUGCCAUCGAAUGCGCUCACGACGUAUUCGCAGCGGUCCCAAACGCAGCAGGCGCGGUGCGAUACCGAGGCCACGUCGAGCAAGACGCUGCACUGGUCGCUGCCGCCGUCUGCGCCGACACCGCCCGCUUUCGAUAAAGCGUGGCCUCCGCACAGCGUGCAGGAACACGACCACGAAGACGAUGUUGUCCAGACAUUUGCCAAGCCUGCGCGGCGCCGCCUCAACAUUGGUCGCAUCCUCGCCACGUCGGCCAGCCCACCAUCACCACCCUCCUCGACCCUGUACGACCGGCUCAGCCCGGCCGUCGACCGCGCCGCCCGUCCGUACGAUCCGCUCUCGCCACCCGCAGAUCUCAGUCGCGAGGCGCGGCAGGGCGUGUUUCGAGCGCUCCCAACGACGCCGUCGGCGGCCGACAUUCAUUUUGCCGCGUACGGACCGCUCUGUGUUGGGAUCCUGCCGUUUGCGCUCGACAUUUGGGCCUUUGAGUCGCAGCAGCGCGACGACGUGCAUGCCGAAGCCACGACGGCGAGCUGCCGCGCGCUGUCGCGAGACGUGCUUCUGUCGCACGUUGCCCGCGGCACGCUCGUGCACGUGUCGCUGGAUGCGCUGCCCGAGGGCUUUGCGCUGCUGAGCGAGACGGCGUCGCACACAUUGGUAUGGCAUGGGGACAUCGAGCACGUUUCGUUUCCGCUGCAAGCAACGGCGCCGCAGUCAGGCCAUGUGCUCUUUACGUGCACAAUCAUCAUUGGCCAUCAAGUGCAGACGCUUCGGACGUACAUUUUAUCGCACCCGAGCCACGGCGACGACGAAGCCAACGUCCAGCUCCUGGAAAGCACGAUGGAAGUGCAGGAGGCGGGCGGGUACACGGAGAUCGCGUACGCUGACCUCACCAUCAAGGAACUCGUGGGCGCCGGGGCCAGCGGGGAUGCGUACCGAGCCUCGUACCGCGGCCAAGAGGUUGUCGUCAAGACGCUCCGACAGAGUGCGUUCGGGGACAAGCAAGACGCGAUCGUGCAAGAGUUCCAGCACGAAGCCGCCGUCCUCGACAAGUUUGGCAAGCACCCGCGCAUCGUACCGUUCAUCGGCGCGUGCAGCGACUUGGCCUUCCCGCUGAGCCUCGUGACGGCCUACGUACCGCACGGAAGCCUCGAGACGCACCGAAGCCACCUCUCGUCUCUCCAAAAAGACCUCGUGCUCGCCGAUAUGGCGGCGGCGACGGCAACGAUCCACGCCGCGGGGUUCGUCCACCGCGACUUGGCAGCUCGCAACUGCCUCGUCGACAGCGCCCAGCGCGGUGUGCUCGCUGACUUUGGCUUGUGUCGCCGCGUGAGCUCCUUGGGCGGUGCGUUCGUCCAAGAAGGCGUCGGCCCGCUCAAGUACAUGGCGCCCGAGACGCUGACGCCGCCGUAUACCUUUACGCCCCGCUCGGACGCGUUUGCCUUUGGGGUCAUGAUCUGGGAGACGCUCACCGAGGCGAGUCCGUUUGCCUCGCUCUCGCCGCUCCAAGCGGCCGUCCGCGUCCUCGAAGGCGACCGGCUCCCGACAGUCGAGCUGCGGCCGCGCCACCAAGCGCUCUUGCAAGCGUGCUUCCAGGCCGACCCGAUGCGUCGCCCGACCAUGGAAGAGAUCUACACGAUCCUCCUCGAGCCCGAUGCAUCGCAGCGCACGGACGCGCUCGAGCCGCCGAUCAUGGUGCGCCGGGCAGCCCGCGUCGCUGCCGUAUGAUGAAGCCGACCCGUCGCUGUAUUGCAUAGUGUUCUUCUUGUACUGUACUAGCUUGUCGUUGUGUACCCUUCCAGCUUGUUGAUGAGAAGCGUCUACCGCGC